CACACAUACACACACACACACACACACACACACUCUCUCUCUCUCUCCAAAGACUUUGGCCUUUGGCUUUGGUUUUGGUUUGCUUUGAUUUUCUUUCUCUCCUUUCUCUCUCUACACCAUCAGCCCCAGCAGCUCCACCACCCUUUCAUAAAAAUGGGCUUUCACUCAAAACUCAAUAAAGUUUAACACAAAAACAAACAAACAAACAAACAAACAAAAGGUGGUAGAUGCAUGAGCCACCACCACAUCAACAACACCAACUUCUUUAAAACACUAAUUCUUUCUUUCUCCCUUCUGUCUUCUCUUCCCUCACCACCUUCCUCCUCCCCAUAACCAAAAACACACACACAAAAAAACCCAAACCCCUUUUUACCUGUUUUGGUUUACCAGAUUUUAACCUGCCUUUCUCUCUCUGUUUCUCCUCGGUUUCUACGCUGCCUCAACCACCACCUUUUCUUUCUCUUUCUCAGGUAUAAGUCGCCCGUCUUUGGUAAUAUUAGGAGCACAGACACAGGGAUAAAUGCAAAGGACGAUCAACUAAACCAUUGUUCACUGAUUAAAGGAUUGCCAACAUGGUGAGCUUACGCAGACGCAAACUCCUGGGACUCUGCUCUGGGAAGAGUUCUUUUUUGACUCCACUUCCUAGAUUUUUUGACAAUGGACAUGCCCCUGAAAAUUCAAGUCAGAAUGCAAAAUCGAUUAGCGUGCAUCCCAUGCCCUCAGAUUCCAUUGGCCACAUUCAUGGGAAAAGCAUUGCAAAGGUUGGCUCUGGAUCACCAAAUGUUUCUGGUUCUGGAUCAUCAAAAGAGCACCAUAAUCAACCCUUUCCAGGGCAACCAAUCAAACGCAGGAAGCGACACAGGCGGAAACAUGUUCAAAACCAAGAACCAUGUCUAAUGAGGGGUGUAUACUUCAAAAAUAUGAAAUGGCAGGCUGCAAUUAAAGUUGACAAGAAACAGAUUCACUUAGGGACUGUUGGUUCACAAGAGGAAGCUGCCCGUUUAUAUGACAGAGCUGCUUUCAUGUGUGGAAGGGAACCCAACUUUGAGCUUUCGGAGGAGGAAAAGCAAGAGCUUAGGAAGUUCAAGUGGGAUGAGUUUUUGGCAUAUACUCGCCGUUCAAUUACCAAUAAAAAAUACAAGCGAAGGCUUGGGGCUGGACCACAGAAGAGGUCUGAACCUGCAAUAGAGAACGGUGACUGGGACAGCAAACAAGGAGUCAAUAGCCUGUCAGCUUCAGAAGAGGCGGGGCCAGACUCUUCAGCCUCAUGAAAAUAAUGGUUUGAGGGUGAGGCUGAAUAAUCGGGUUUCAGUAGUUAAUUCUAGUUGCUGGGUCUCCAUUUUUGAGUGUAUAAAGGCCCCUAUUAGGGCAAGUAAUGAUAGAUGUCAUUUAUCUUCUGGUAAGCAGAUAUCUAUAGUGUUUAACCCCAAUAAGUGGUAAAUAUUAGUUGCAUCAACCCCACCAUUGUUGUUAGACAGAUGAAAGGCAUGCUAGGCUAUAGUGCCUUAUUUUGUUUUC